AUGGUGGUGGUCUCCUGUGCCAUUGGUGCCGUCGCGCUGUCGCUACCGCUCGUGGUGGUGCCUCUCCGACGUUCGAUGGGUCUUCCAACUGACCAAUACGACGGUCCGAUCAUCCCGGACUCGAUCAAGAAGUCGCGCGGCCACUUGGCUACACGCGAGUCUGUCGCCGGAGCGUAA